AAGUUUUUGGCUCGAACAGAAUCUGCAAGGCGCCGCCCAAAUUGUAGUUCUGAGCCGCAUGUUGGGCUCCGCCGACUUGGCCCACCUGGCUGCUUGCGCGCUGCUGCAGCUCGCGCUUGUCGUCAGGUUCUUUCAGAAAGCUUGGCCUUGGCGCUGGCGCAUCGCGAAGGCAAUUUGUGAGCUGCCGGGAUUCGCCAGAGGCGUAGUGAGUCAGUUGUCACAAAAACCAAGCGAGUCAGACCGGAUCCUUCGCAAGCAGGUCUCCCAGUUGCAGCUGGAGUUUGCGCAGUCUUACGCCUCUGUCGGAGCAAGCACCUUGUGCGUUUCGCUCUCUAAUUUGCAGAGGAACGUCUUUACCGGCAAUCCACGGCCACGCUUCUUCACAGCCUUGGCCACUUGGAAUGGGUUGUUCUACAACUUUUGCCUUGUCGCAACUUGGCUGCCCGGCAUCUUGACGGUGCGCACGCUGAACCUCUGCUGCCUCCUGUCCCACGUCUUUGUGGCCGUCUGGCUGAGCCCCGGCGGAUGCGUUGCGCCGUCCGCGUUUGCUGUGCGGCUGUUCUGCCUUGGGGCAAUACAGGUGCCGUGUCUGUUGUUUGCCCAGAGUUGGCUCAUGGCAUGCGUGGUUUACUUGGGCGUGGUCGUUAUGGUAGUGCUGCGGUCGCUGCUCGGCGACGCGGAAGAUUCUGCCGGCACCAUCUUCGAGAACCCGGGCACGCUCGUCGGAGCCGAGAUCAUCAUGGCUGCUUGUGUAGGCAUCCUAGUCCACUUCCUCUACAAUUCCUUCGAACAAAGAGUUGCAGCGCGACUGCGUGAAAACCACGUCUCCUCCCAGCUGGAUGCUGCCUCUGGCUUGCUGCAGCUGACCUGCGAGGCAGUGAUGGAGCUGGACGCUGACUUGAGGCUCACAGAGCACUGCCCCAAGUUGGCCGCCAUGCUCCUGCGAGGUGGCUUUUCCACUCAAGGCUUGCGGUUCUCCGAAUUCGUUGCAAGAGAUGAGGCAGCGAGGGCAGAAGAGAUUCUUCAGUACUCCGGAUCCCACGGAUCCAGCUCCGUUGCGCAGGCGUUUCACACACAUUUGGUGGACAGUUGCGCCAGCAAGUUUCGCACCGAGGUGUUUCAAGUCAAGUACCAACUGCCAAGCGGGCAGACCCGCCAUCUCAUUGGCCUGCGCGAGUUCACGGACUUGCAAUCCCUGGCUGGAAACAAGGCAGCUGAUGCCAUUCACGACACGGACAGAGAGCAGCUUGAGCUUUACGAGGGUCUCAGCUGCCUGCGUGGGCAUUCCGAUGCACUCGACUUGUCUGAGGACAUGGACUCGAGCGGCUGUAGAAUUGUGGAGCAAGCGGUGGCUCUCCAGGGUAAGAACAUUUUCCUGGACCUCGAUGUUCAAGCCAUGCAGGUCUGUGCCGCUUCCGCUCCCUUGACUUCUUUGAUUGGGCGGAGCCUGUCAGAAGUCUUCGUCUACAACUACACGCUGGAGCUGUGCAUGAGGCUAUGGCGGCAGGCGAAGCAAUGCCAGGACUUGCCAGACAACAUGGUGAGCUUUGAGCGCAUGCCCCUUUUUUGCGUGCCCCGCACCAUUGAAAUCUCGGGGAUUAUGCAAUUGUCGAGGACAAGCCUGGGGGACCUGCAUGUGAUUUUGAACUUCAGGCCCUCGGCACUCGUACAACUUUAAGCCCCUGGGUGGUUUCACGUUGAAGUAAUCUUCGCUCACUUACCCAAAGCCGACCUUUUAGUUUCGCCUUUUUGGUCCUGGCAACUGAGUUCCACAUGGACCGCUCGCAAAACAUGCGUGCCACCGGCCAAUGUGGAGCCUCAAGCCAACAGAGUGGUACUGAUUUAAGCAUCCAUACUGCUGGUGAUUUUUGUGGCC